AUAUAAAGCCCGUUAGCAUUGCAGCUUAGGGGAAUAGUCUAGAUUACCCCGCAAAAAAAGAGGUAUGAUGAAGCAUUAAAUAAAACUAAUUUUAUGAGAUGCCGCCCGCCCGCCCUAGUUUGAGUUGUGGCUGCCAUUUCCGAUUGAAUUGAAUUGAAUUACAAGAAUGGGUUCAUUUGUCCGUGUAACUCGGAAUCUUUUCACCUCUGCCUAUCGGUUGAAACACCGUCGUUUCGCUACUCAAUUACCCUCCAUACACAACAAUGAAACAACAACUUUGUCUUUGACAUCUUACAACAAGUUGAGAACAACAACAAGAGUAAGGAGGAACGCUCAGCCUCGUAACACCACAUUAACACAUCAUCAUAGUAAUAAUACAGCAGUGGAACUUGCAUUCAAUUCAGUUGUCAAAAUCUUCACCGUUUCUUGCAGUCCCAACUACUUACUUCCUUGGCAGAACAAAGCCCAGCGCGAAACCACGGGCUCUGGCUUUGUAAUUAUGGGGAAACAGAUUCUUACAAAUGCUCAUGUAGUAGCUGAUCAUUCAUUUGUACUUGUAAGGAAACAUGGCUCUCCAACCAAAUAUAGAGCACAAGUCAAAGCUGUUGGUCACGAAUGUGAUUUAGCUCUAUUACUUGUUCAUUCUCAAGAGUUUUGGGAUGGAAUGAUUCCUCUUGACUUUGGUCAUAUCCCUUUUCUACAACAAGCUGUUGCUGUUGUCGGAUAUCCUCAAGGCGGUGACACCAUUUCAGUCACUAAAGGGGUUGUUUCCAGGGUUGAACCUACACAAUAUGUACAUGGUGCAUCACAACUGAUGGCAAUACAGAUUGAUGCAGCCAUAAAUCCAGGGAAUAGUGGUGGUCCUGCAAUUAUGGGCAACAAAGUUGCUGGAGUAGCAUUCCAAAAUCUUUCAGGUGCCGAGAAUAUUGGUUACAUAAUACCUGUACCUGUAAUAAAGCAUUUUAUAUCUGGUGUAGAAGAAAAUGGAAAAUACAGUGGAUUUUGCUCCCUGGGUUUGUCGUGCCAGACUACUGAAAAUGUGCACCUCAGAAACCAUUUUGGUAUGCAACCUGGCAUGACUGGGGUGCUUGUAAACAAAAUAAAUCCACUUUCAGAUGCAUACAAGGUUUUGAAGAAAGAUGAUAUUAUACUUUCAUUUGAUGGGGUGCCUAUAGCAAAUGAUGGUACAGUUUCUUUCCGAAAUAGAGAACGGAUAACAUUUGAUCACUUGGUGUCUAUGAAGAAGCUUGAUGAAAAAGCAGUAGUCAGAGUUCUGAGAGGCGGACAAGAGAUUGAACUCAGUAUUACUCUCCGACCUAUCCAACCCUUAGUUCCAGUUCAUCAGUUCGAUAAACUUCCAAGUUAUUACAUUUUUGCUGGUCUGGUAUUUGUUCCACUCACUCAACCAUACCUUCAUGAGUAUGGAGAAGAUUGGUAUAAUGCUUCACCUCGGCGUUUGUGUGAACGGGCAUUAAGGGAAUUGCCCAAGAAAGAAAAUCAACAACUUGUUAUCCUAUCACAGGUCUUGAUGGAUGAUAUCAAUGCUGGUUAUGAGCGUCUUGCAGACUUCCAGGUUUUGAAGGUUAAUGGAACAGAAAUUGACAAUCUGGAACAUUUAUGCCAACUAGUUGAAAACUGUAGCACAGAAAGCUUGCAUUUUGAUUUGGACGACGAUAGGGUCAUUGUCUUGAACUAUGAAACAGCAAAAAUCGCCACUUCAAGAAUUUUGAAGCGUCACAGAAUACCUUCUUCAAUGUCAACUGAUCUUAACAAAGCACAGAAUAAUGUGCAAUUUGGACAGACAACUAGCACAUGUUGAGAUUGUCAUGAAUCUUGCCUGCUUUAUUUCUGCAAUUUUGUUUGUGACUGAGUUUUUUUCUUCUUGAAAUUAUGAAAAUUGUUACUGGAUUUUAUUUAGCUAUCCUUUUUUUGUUUUCUUGGCUUCACUACAACUCUUGAUACAAAUAUAUAGACACUCAUGACAAUGUAAUUUGAAAAUAUCAUGAUUAUGAAUCUAGAAAGUGAUGACAGGUGAUGGUUCCAAUA